GAGGUGGCGGUGCUGCCCAAGGACGAGCUGUGGCCUUUCUUGCUUCGGUUCCCCAUCAGCGCGUUCGGGAUGUGCCUCGGCGUCAGUAGCCAGGCGAUGCUAUGGAAGACGCUCGAGUCAGAGCCCUCCAUGGCGUUCCUCCGCGUGCGCCCCGCCGCCAACCAUGCCCUCUGGUGGGUCUCUGUUGCCCUCACCGCCGUCGUCUCCAUCGUCUACCUCCUCAAGAUCGUCUUCUACUUCGAGGCCGUCCGUCGCGAGUUUCACCAUCCUGUCCGCGUCAACAUCUUCUUCGCUCCUUGGGUCGCCUGCCUCUUCCUUGUCAAGGGAGUGCCCCUCCCAGAGUGGGAGAUCCAUCAUGUCUUCUGGUACCUUCUCAUGACGCCCAUCCUAUGCCUCGACCUCAAGAUCUAUGGUCAGUGGAUGUUCAGCGGCGAGCGGCGCCUCUCGAAGGUAGCCAACCCAUCCAACCACCUCGCCGUUGUUGGCAACUUUGUUGGUGCGCUACUCGGCGCCAGGAUGGGCCUCCGGGAGCUGCCCAUCUUCUUCUUUGCUGUCGGGUUGGCCCACUAUGCGGUGCUCUUUGUCACGCUCUACCAACGGCUCCCCACCAACGUGCAGCUCCCCAAGGAGCUUCACCCGGUCUUCUUUCUCUUCGUUGCCGCACCUAGUGUCGCGUCCAUGGCAUGGGCGAGGAUCUCCGGCGAGUUCAACAAUGGCGCCAAGCUCCUAUACUUCGUAUCGCUCUUCCUCUACGUAUCGUUGGUGAUGCGGGUCAACCUAUUCCGGGUGUUAAGGUUCUCGUUGGCUUGGUGGGCCUACACGUUCCCAAUGACAAGUGUUGCCCUAGCAACGGUGUUGUAUUCGUCAGAGGUGAACAACAUGUUGACACAGAUGGUUGCAGUCGGGCUAUCAGGAAUUGCCGUUGUCACUGUCAUCGGUGUGUUGGCCACCACCGUGUACCAUGCCUUUGUGUGUGGGGACCUGUUCCCCAACGACGUUUCCAUCGCCAUUAUGCAGAAGAGGCCCAAGUUUAGCAACAUACUUGCGCACCUCCACUUGCCCAGUCCGGCGUGAAGUAGCUCAUCCUCCCCAUCCCAAUUUCAUUUCCAAGCACAACAUCUACUUUGAUGAGUCUAUCUCCAGUGGUGCA